UAUAGCUUUAUUAAGCUAGAUAGCUUGAUAAAGCUACUACAAAUAGCUUAACUAAGCUAUUUUCAGAGUAAAAAAAACUAAAAAAAUUGGUAAAAAUAAAAUCCAAAAAAUCGCAUCAUGAGUUGUUGUCAGUGUUUACAUGAGCAUGUGAGAAAUACUCACAAACAAAAACCAAGGUAUAAAAGCACGUCUCACAAGGAGACAGGGCUAUAGAAGAAUGUGGUAUCCAUGUAAACGGUGUGGAAAAUGCUAGUUUUCGUAUAUGUUAAGCCUUUUUGAAGAAAAUUUACCUCUACAUGGAAAACUCGUAAUGGCUGCUCUCCCAAAAGCAUCACCGGAAAUGCUGACAAGCAACUAGUUGCAGAGGAAAACCAAAUAACGGUAAUUUAUCCGUUUUCAUCAUCAAAAGUAUGGUAGCUCACUCCGAGAAGUAAUACAUAGUUUAAAUUAAACAGUUAUUUAUAUCUUAUAUGCAUUUUAAAGAUCAACAAUAAGAUAAAUAGUACAUAAAUGUAUUUUUUAAAUGAAAUAAUAUAACUGGGGCAUUAUUCUGGCCUUCUGGCCUUCUUAUCCGCUUGUAACGUUAAAAGGGGGGGGGGUAUAAAUGUGUCCUUUAUUUUUGGUGUUUAUAAAUAUUUUUAUAGGUAAAUAAUGCCAGCUUGCAGCUGCAAAGAUCAUGGGGAAUUCAGCAAGGGUAGGACUUUUAAAGUUCACCGCUUAUCAAAUAAAAAAGUCCGUGCUUCUGUUAUUACCUACCUCAUAGACAAUGGGCACCUUACAAAAAGUUGUGUGUUUUUGUGCACUGCAUGUGCUGAUUAUGCAACCAAAAAAAUUAACGACACUGUUCCUAGUCAAGAGGAUGAACUUGUGAAACAAGUUGUGAAUAUCAUAAAAACUAACAACAUUUCAGACAACAAUAUUAACAAAAUUUUGGAAGCCAUUGGCACGAGAGGAAAAGCAAAUGUUAAACAAGACUUUAAUGAAAAUAUUUCAUUACAAUACAAAGAUGUAGAAUUUUUAAAAGCUUGUGAUAUAGACACAUGGAUACAGGAGAGAGACACUGUAAUAACAUCAUUUGUAUUUUCUCUAUGUGAGAAAGAUUUAUCUACAAUGUCACCUGCCGAAAAAACAAAAGUUGUUUAUGCUGUUGAACAUUUGUAUAGUUUAGUUGGUAAUAACAUCAUCAUGCCAUUUUCUUUCAGCCUUAAUUUAUUAACUUAUUACAUGUGUACCAGUAGAACAGUUUGCGACAUGUAUUGUAGUGCCCAUCCAGCUGGAAGUUAUUCAACAUUACAAAACUGGAUUCAGCAACAUUCUUCAAAUAAAAUUUACGUAAGAAAUGUUGAUGAUGUCAUUACAUACUUUGACAAUAAUCAAGUGUUAGCAAGAAACUGGCGUGUAAGAUACGAUGCCAAAGCUAUUUUGAGCUAUAUAACAACUGUUGUACAUUUUUUUCCCAAACCUAUUACAAAUUUGCAGAUUCAUCAGGCUUUUUCUCCAAGACAUUGGUUGUAUAAUAUAAAUAUUUGUGAUUUUUCUAGUGCAGUUUUUAAUUUUAUUAACCACUCAGAAGUGUUGUUUAGAUCUCUGCGAGAUACUUUCAUCCAGAACAGAUUACAAAUUAUUUUUCAACAACAGCGCCCAGGACUUUCAUCAUCAGAGGACGUAAUAUCCAUAAUGUUAAAAAAUGACAAGAAAACCAAAUUUAGUGAGAAAUCGAGAUCCAAAAUUGACAUGUAUUCAUUUAUAGAGCACGCAAACAAUCAUGUACCAGAAAUAAAAAUGGGAAAUCCAAUAUCAGUUAAUCCAUGCUCUUUAGCUGCAGUUAAAUCUGUACUGGAAUCACUGAAAGCUGAACUUGACAUACCACACAGCAGACAAUGGUCCAUUGUGGGCUGCGAUGGAUUACCGUAUCUACUGUCACACAAAGUAGUUAAUGAUAAUCCAGAGUUACAGGACCUUCUUAUCCAGCCCGGACUUGGUCAUUUUGAAAUAAAUAUGUCAACUGUCAUCAAGUUGAUAUGGGAAGUACUUGGGUCUGAUCUGGCCAAACUUCUUGGCUAUAGAUCCCCAAAGGCACUGCAGUCCUGUUUAGAUGCCAAUGACCACCACAAGGCCAUGCAGUUUAUCGAGAUUUUAUUAUUUGGCACAGAGUCUGGUCAUCCCAGCAAAGGAGAAGGAUGCGAUUUCAUUUUGGAGGGGAAAAACAGACAAUCAAAGAGCUGGAUCCCCAGUGGUGCACCAAAAGAAAAACAUUGGCAGCAGUCCUGUAGAAAUUUAGAUACUAUGGAAGAAGUCAGUUAUAAUAUCUUUAAUUUAAAUAAUGGCAUAACAUUUUAA